UGUAUAGCUAGGCCCUUAAGGGCUUGCUUGCAGUGAGCGGUGAGUCGAGGCAUGCUGGCAUGGGGAGUUUGGGCCCCAGAUAAUCGACACUUCUAUUAUACUUAUACCUGUAGUUUCGCUAUCAUAGAGAUGGUAACGCGCUUCCUCAAUGGGCCGCAGCAAGUCCGCGGGACAGGAAGCAACGCAUUCGUCCAAUCAUUACAGAGUCUCUCUGGAGACAGUUAGACUGACUUGAAGAACAAGCCAGUAGAGGAGGAAAAGCCACUGGGGUACAAGCGUACGCUUGAAUUUAUUGGCACUGACCAGUUGUGGUCUUCCAUAGCCAACGGUACCAUAACAACCUGGC